UUACGGCUGAGCUGAGCGCGCCCCAGACGCGUCCGGAACGGCGGAAGCUCCAGCGCUGACUGCUGAAGGGUUUUUCGCAUGGGAGUCGUAUUCGGAGGAAACGGCUUGUGUUGACGUCAAAUGGAUGUGUGAAUGACUCUACCGCAUGUGCUGGCAUGACACAAACGGGACCGGAGCUGCCAGCUCUGACCAAUUCAUCGCCAGAAUCCUCAGCAAACAAUUAACCUGCGAGACUGCCGCCGGGCUUUCCAAUUAGCCCAGACUGUAAGAUAUGAUUGUAUUUUAAACUUUAAUUGAUGCUCGGUUGCUCCAAACUCGUUGUGCAUUCAUGAUUUAGUUGUGAGGAGGAGAGAGAGGGACGCUGCUGCAUCCCGCUGCUGACAGAGAGACCACUUGUACCGCCGUCACAACUGUGCCAAGAGACAGGGAGUCUUUGAAAGCCACCGGAGCGGACCCGACCGGCAUAUCAAUCAGCGUCCCGGAGUGCGGCUCGCUGCGUUGAAGGCAUUGUCUUUAACGGCUGUGCGUGAGAGUGGGUCCGUGUGUGCGUAAGUGAGGAGCAGAGAGGGGGGAAAUGACACUUUUUUUUUCGUCAGCUGCAACAGUCAGUGGCAAACAAAUGUGAAAACCCAGUUUGCCUCGUCUUGCCACGGAUGCGCACCGGCGAAGAGGCGCAGGACCCGCAGGAUCAUCGAUUCACACUUUGAGAUCUUGCGCUGCAGAGCGGAGGGGAAGCGGGGGAACACUUGGAUUUAGGGGGUGCUUCUUCCCAAACGAAAUACUGAAAAUUAUUUCACCAUGAACCCCAGGAUGUUGUAUUUGGUUGUUUGUUCUGCGGCAUUUUUCGCGGGGCUGCAGUGCGCCUCGCCAAGGACCACAGCGGGGAUGGAUCUCCCCACGGCCGGCUUCAGCAACAUCAGCAGCAGCAGCAGCGGCGGCGGCAGCAGCAGCAGCGGGGAAACGGGGGGCAAAAGAGACUUGAACCAAACCAUAAACUCCAGGCUCAAGAGAAAAACGCUAGCUGUAGAUUUUGCGGUCCCCUCUCUUCUGCGCUAUUACCUGGCGGAGUUCAUCAAGAGACCCCUGAACGGAGACUGCCAGACUUUUAGCGGAUGUUAUAUGGUGCGCGCAAACUUGAAAAUGCAUUGCAUACCCUUGCAGAAAACCAUAGCUACUUAUGUGGACCCCAAGUUUGCUACGGACUCUGCACUGAGGAACGUGUCUGCUGGUGGACAGCUCCCCUUCUUCCAUAAGCGGCCGCUGUCCAAAGUUCUGAAAUUGGGCUUAACGAAAGCGAGCAGGAAAUCAAACCAAGUUGUGGUGGAAAUAGGAGAGGAUAUAGUGAAGACGGGAUGCGGGGGGCUCUCUGUGUACGAGGAGGCCCCGGUGUUAACGCUGGAAAUGGACCUCACAACUAUUCUGGAGUGGUGGUUAGGUGCAGAUGGGGGCCGGCUCAGGGUCCGGCUCAUGCCCGAGAAAAAAGCGCAGGUGCCCGGGAUAGAGGAUCGUUACACCGCGGCUAUACGCGCUGCAGACCCCCGCCUCUACCUUCAGAUAUCCUCUAGGGGUGAACCUUUGGCCGGUAGUAGGACUGCUGCUGGCAUUCCUAGGGGGUACUGGAGCUUCUCCUGGGUAGCCGAGGACGACCUGAGCUUUCCCAAUGACUCUGUGCCAGCGUCAGCAGAUCACCGCUGCCCUGGCAGCAACAGCAGAACAUGUGAGCAGCACCUGGAGGAAACCCCAGAGUUCACAUGGAGCAUAGUGGUUGCUGGCGACCUGCGGGAGCAAAGAAACGAGAAAAUGGAAAAGAAGGCGGGAAGCCCCCAGGGGUGGGAGGAAGGUAAGAACGAAGGUCAGUUCCUCUGGGUGAACAGUUCAGCUUAUAGUGGCCCCUGGGUGCUGAGUCCUUGGCUGUGGGGGGGCCCGAGUCCAUGUAGCCUGGACAUGGCAGUGUUCCUCCAUCCGAGGCAGAGUGGACAGUACACCAUAUGGCUCAUUGAGCGAGACAAACCGCCGCUCGCCCUCUCCUCCACUGAUACACUACCACGCAUCACAGGCUGGGCAGUGGUCCACCUCACCCUCGGGACCCACGGAGGAUCAGCUUUUCGGGUUUCAGCCAGCUACGAUCAACGGAUUCCACAGGAUGAUGCAGCAACCAUCGAACCCCACUUCACCACAAACUGCACCAUGAUGUCCUCUCCCGGUCCCAACAUCACACUGGAGGGUCUCUACCACUGUCACCAGGGACCAGGGAUCCCACUGGAGAAGCUGUGCGAUUUCACCACUGAUUGUCCGCUCGGAGAUGACGAAGGCGAACGAUGUCGCCAAUUUCUCAACGGCAGCUACUGCUCUUUUGAAGAGAGCGAGUGCAGUUGGCAGUCGAUAACGGGCCGUGGUCACUCCUGGAGAAGAGUCCAGUCACCAUCCAAAGCUACCCGACAGAGCUGCCCUUCAUCAGGUGCUGCGUUCAGUGUGGAGGGAGGACAGUCCAAAGGCCACCGUGGCUCAGCGUUACUGAGGAGCCCUCUCUUCCCUCCUCCUCUGAGGAACUCCCGAUGCUCGGUGCGAUUCUGGCUGUGCUCAGGGGGAUUACAGAAGGUUUCACUGUCUCUGUGGAUCGUGGAGAACAGCACAGGCCCCGAUGAGCAGCGCAGACUGUGGCAUUCAGCCAGCGAACCAAAAUCUGAAAAGGGCUGGAAGCUCAUCAUACUGCCUCUUUACGGACUGGCAGACUGGUUCUGGCUGCAGUUCAGCACAGAAGAUGGACCUGGACCCGGUUCAGCCAUCUCUCUUGACAACAUCUCUUUUAGUAUGGACUGUUUCUUGGCAUCCAAUGGAGAGUAUCCACCGGUGGUCUCCAGCACAACCAAGCUGCCUUUUAAACCAACCGUCAGGACCACGCCCCCAUCCAUCGGAAGCCCUUUGAUGAACUACCCUGUCACAGAUUACUCCAAAAAAUGGAUUUUUCAUACCUGUGGAGCUGUGGGAGCUGAAGGCCCGACUCCCGCUCAGUGCCUCAAUUCCUACAGGAAUAGCAACGUCAACGUGACAGUCGGCACCCGAGGGCCCUUCAAAGGCAUUCAGAAGUGGCGAGUCCAGGAAACUGGCACUUACAGGAUAACAGCCUACGGUGCAGCUGGCGGGCGAAGCGUAUUGGCCAUGAGCAGGUCACACGGUGUUUACAUCACAGGAGACUUUCUGUUGAGGAGGGAUGAUCAUAUUUACAUCCUAGUGGGACAGCAAGGAGAUGACGCAUGCCCCAAUUCCAACGCCAUUCUGAAUAAGAUGUGCCUGGAACAGAGCGGCCCGAUGGUGAACAAAACACAAGUGAAAGGCGGCGGAGGAGGAGGUGGCGGGGCUACAUAUGUGUUCAAGUUUGACAAAGGAGUGUAUAUCCCCCUCAUCAUCGCUGCUGGGGGAGGUGGCCGGGGCUACAGCAGCCAAUCAGAGACCCAGCUGGAGCAGAUGGACUAUGACCCUAGCCAACCGGGACGCAAUGGGAAGUCCCACUCUGCAGGUGGAGGCGGAGGUUGGAAUGACACUGCUCCUGUCAGUCAGGGCGGUAGACCGCUGGUGCUGGGAGGCCAGGGAGGGCAGGCCUGUCAUAAGUUCUGGCAGACCCACGGUGGAUUCGGGGGUGGCGGUGGCGGCUGCAUAGCUGGGGGAGGCGGUGGAGGCUAUAGAGGUGGUAACACUUCCAUAGAUAACAACUCAAAACAUGACGGUGAUGAUGGAACGUCCUUCCUGGGCCCAGAGGGAACGCCAUUCCUCUACCCUCUGAAAGCUAUGGAUGGGGAAGGUGAGGUGAUCAUCAGUCCGGUGCAGAACUGCAGCCACUGUGAGAGCGGCGAGUGCCACGAGGUCAAGGACAAGGUCGUCUGCUACUGUGAUGAGGACCUUAUCCUGGCACCAGAUGGGGUGUCCUGCAUCAACGAAACAGAGGUGUCCCUGCUGCCCCCCCAGCCGUCUCUCUCCCACCUGGCUCUGGGUCUGUCUGUGGGCACCUCAGCACUCAUCGCCGCCCUGCUGCUGGCCGUGUCUGGAGUCAUGAUAAUGUACAGGCGCAAACACACAGAGCUGCAGUCUAUUCAGCUGGAGCUGCAGAGUCCAGACUGUAAGCUCAGUAAGCUGCGAGCCUCCACCAUCAUGACCGACUACAACCCCAACUAUUGCUUCGCUGGAAAGACGGCAUCGGUCAACGACCUGAAGGAAGUGCCACGGCGUAACAUCUCCCUCACUAGGGGUCUGGGUCAUGGUGCUUUCGGUGAGGUCUAUGAGGGUCUGGCUGUGGGGAUACCGGGUGAACCGAGUCCGCUGCAUGUGGCUGUCAAGACCCUCCCUGAGGUUUGCUCUGAACAAGACGAGCUGGACUUCCUCAUGGAGGCUCUAAUCAUCAGUAAGUUCAGCCACCAGAACAUUGUGCGUUGUAUCGGAGUCAGUCUGCAGGCCAUGCCACGGUUCAUCCUGCUGGAGCUGAUGACCGGUGGAGACUUGAAGACUUUCCUGAGGGAGACCAGACCCCGGCUGGAGCACCCGUCCAGCCUGAGCAUGGUGGACCUUCUCAACGUGGCCAGAGACAUCGCUAAGGGCUGCCAGUACCUGGAGGAGAACCAGUUUAUACACAGGGACAUUGCAGCUCGAAAUUGCCUACUAACCUGCAAAGGAUCGGGCCGCAUGGCAAAGAUUGGAGAUUUUGGGAUGGCCAGAGACAUUUACAGGGCAAGCUAUUACAGGAAGGGUGGGCGUGCCAUGCUGCCAGUGAAGUGGAUGCCACCUGAAGCCUUCAUGGAGGGCAUCUUCACAUCUAAAACAGACACAUGGUCAUUUGGGGUUCUGUUGUGGGAGAUUUUCUCAUUGGGCUACAUGCCGUAUCCGAGUCGCAGUAACCAGGAAGUGCUGGACUUCGUCACCAAUGGUGGAAGAAUGGAUCCACCUAAAAACUGCCCCGGGCCGGUGUAUCGUAUAAUGACUCAGAGCUGGCAGCACCAGCCUGAAGACAGACCCAACUUCUCAACUAUCCUGGAGAGAAUCGACUACUGUUUACAGGACCCAGACGUGGUGACCAUGCCACUGCCUGUAGAGUACGGACCCGUCCCUGAAGAGGAGGAGCGUGUGCCACUUCACCCUGACGACCCCUCAGCUCAGACCGUGCUGGUGAAGGCCCAGGUGCCUGAUGGGGAGGCUCCACAGCCGCCCCCGUCCUACCCUACAGACGAGAGCCGGAGAGGAGGCGAGCACGCCGUCAUCACGAGCACAGCACCAGAGGCUAAAGCACAGUCAGCCCAGCCGCAGCCAUGCCUCCACCAGCACCAGCAGCAGCCUCACACACAGACCUCUGUUGCCAUGACAACCACUAACACAGUCACCUGCACAGCCACCUCGACACUCACUGCCAAGGGACCUCACGUCACCACCCACCCUGGCCCUGAAGGGGGCCACGUAAACAUGGCUUUCACCCAGGGCCACCCACUGGAGAAGGAGGGCCACAACGGGAAGAACACCAGUCUCUGGAACCCAACGUACGGCUCCUGGUUCCUGCAGCAGAGGAAGCAGCAGCAGCAGCAGCAGCAGCAGCAGAGGCAGGGAGGGGUGGGUGGAACAUUAGGCAGCGGUGGCAGGGUGCCUGGAGAGGGGCAGGAGCAUGUUGGCCGUACUGUGGCUGAGGUGGCAGGAUCACUGGGUCUCCAGCAUCAGCACCAGCAUCAGCACAAGCAGUUCCAGCAUCAGCUCCAGCAGCAGCAUCAACUCCAGAUGCUGCACCAUCAGCAGCAGCAGCAGGGUCUUUGCAGACCUCUGUUACCUCCACCCCUGCCUCCUGCUGCCCAGUCCCCACUACUGUUAGACUCAGCCGCCCUGCCCCCGGUCCCCCUCUACAGACUGAGACGCUUCCCCUGUGGGAACAUCGGAUACGGCUACCAGGAACAAGGCAUGCCCCUGGAGAGUGCACACAGUAACCCCAACCCCCCUCCCCCCCAGCAGGGCACCUCCAUGCCUUCCUCAGUAGCCCACCAGAGGGGGGCCUCCAUUCCAACCUCAGUGUCCCUGGGUCGGUCGGGUAUUUCAGAGGACAGCCGUCCGCUGCUGGUCACCAUGGGAACGGUACAAGACCCCAGAUUGCCCAGGAUGGAGGGCCACAAUGCCACUGUGCUUUAGCCCAGAUGCCUGCUCCACUGCUCUUUUUCUGUCCCCGUCUCCCCUGCCGUCCCACCACUUUGGUUUCUUCCUCCAGCUGGGAAAGAAACAGAACAGAGUGAGUCCUUCAGUCUUUCCCACGAGAACCCUGGAGGUGUGUGAAACUCCAAAACGGAUGCUAAAGCACAUCAGAGAACUAAAAGAAGCUCUGGGAUGGAAAGUGCAGAGUUAGGCCUAGAUUUAAGAGUUCAAAAAAUGUAUUUUUUCAAUGCUGGAAGGAUCAUGACUGAAAGAGACUAUUUAGAAAAGGAGAGUUAAUGGUACAGAAAGAGAAACUUUCCAUCUGGAAGGGAUCAGGAGUGAGCACAGCGGAUUAAGUGUCUUGUGUAUGAGGAUGACCAAAAGGAGGAAUCAAAUCUCUAUAUUUUGCCAGACUUCAGACAAACUGUUACAAACUGAGGUGAGCAGUGUGACUGCAGCGACUGCAACGUUGUUUUCAGCUGCCCCGCUUCAUGUGUCUGUUCUCCUGCAGAAUCCUCACUGUUCCUGAUCCACAUCUUUUUGAAAAAGCGUGCGCUAAAUAACUUGUGUCAGACAAUUUUUUCAAGGAUCUCACAGAAUCUGACACUGGAUUUCCAGAGACAUUCAUACAAACAGACAAAUUAAAAAACACUGGGAAAAAUGUGGUUGUUGAUGUUUGCUUGCCUGCUCGUUUAUUUAUUCAUUUGUUUAUUUAUUUUUUGGAAGUGGCUCUAUAAAUUAUUCAUGAACAUGCUUCAAAUUCAUUUACAUCAGAUGGUUUUCACCCUAGGUUUUUAUUUCAAGCUGUUUGUGAUAUCGCUACACCAAAAAAAAGAGACUGAACCAUCUCAAAAAAUGAUCCACUCUGAAGAUCCUGAACUUUUUUUAUGAGAAAACUGCUACAGGAAAUCAUUUGUGUCUUUUAAAUUCCAGCAAGCAGAUAAAUAAGAGCACUGAAGCGGGUUUAUGACAUUAUUUGACAAAAGAUAUUACAGAUUAAAGGCAAACCGAACAGCAGUUGAGCUUUUUACUGCUGCUGAAGGUUUGUAAUAACUCUUUGCCCCUGGUUCUAUUGAAUUCACUGCUGAGCAAAUUCCCCUUUUGUUCACAGCUCCAUCCUGCACAGACAGAGUGCUUGGAGACAUUGAAUCUGAGGCUUUUCUUAUGACUUUUUCAGUAACCUUUUAUUAAUUCAUUUCUUGUAUAAAAAAAUAAGUCUUCUUUUCCUCUCUUUUUUUCUGAUAAAGAAAUAAAGUGGAUAUUGCUGAAUCAAUCUUAACCUUCAAAUUGCUAUCUGGAAGCACUCUACGAUCCUGAAUUUGCAUAUUUUAUCUUUUCUAUUAUAGGAUGAAUGUUGUGGAAUACAAAUGAGUCUGAGUGAAAAAAAGUUUGCAUAUAAACUGCUGAUCAGUUUGAGUCUCAUUAUGAUUUCUCACAAACAUGCUGUUUUCACUUAUCAAUGUUUAAAGUCUUUUUUUCUUUCAGUUUGAAGACAGUCUAUCAGAGGCGCUGUUGAUAUUUAGGUAAAUAAUGACGACGUGUGUCAGUUCAUUUCUGCUUCUGCUUGACUGUGUUUGGCAUCAUGUCAGACCCUCUGUUGAUGAGCUGUCAGGCUGUCAUGUGUCAUGACGCUCACUGACUGAUUAAGACAAAUGGAUUCCUGAGUUGAUGAGCGGGUGAAAUAAUUGUCAAUGACAAAGAUUUUGCUUCGUCUACUGUUCCUGUGUUAAAUGCAUUAACUCUGUGUUCCCUUUCCAGCUCAUCUCCAUUGUUUGAUGUAAAAAGACAAACUGAACUGCACCUGUACAUGUUGUAAUUAUAAAGUAUUGUUCUAUGGCUCUGGUAAAAGCUGUAAAUUGCCAUUCAAAAGACAUUCGCCAAAAUUAAUAAAUUACUAUAUAAUAAC